CAACACCCGAAACCCCCCCGUCGGUGCGCUGGCACUGUGGACAAGGGCACCUGCACAGAGCCUUGCAAUACAUUCUCCAAGGCCUUGCAGCGGACUCACUGGUUCACUUUAAAUGCAUGCUUUGGGGAAGCACCCAACAAGUGCCGCAGAAAUUCCAGAAACACUGACCAUGCUCUUCGAGAUUGUUUUGCAUUUUACCACUGUGGAUGUGCUGGGGUGCUUCAAUAUUCUGUGAUCGUAGUACGUGGUUCAAUGCAAAGCAGCACAGAAGUGUUGCACAAUGCUAUCGAUCAUAAUUAAGCGGUCAAUUAAUUUCGUUCAGCUGUGUAAGCGGAACAAUUAAGGAAACGCACGCGCUACGGCGAAAUUCAAGACACGCCAGUGUGUCCGCAAUACACGGGUAUUACAAGUAGAUUAUUUCAGAUAAGCCUAUCAAGCACGGUUCUGUUCAGUGACCUUUGCCCUCGGCCUUGGGCGCAUCACGCGUCGGUUGAACGCUCGCCGGCCAGAGGUCACUGCCCAGUGCCGGGCGAGCGAGAAUGGAGCCUCGGUAGGUGUUUGCUUCCGCCCUCCCACGAAGGGCACUGCGCGCUUUUCUGGCGGUGCGAUGACGCUGCGCGUGCGUGACAAGGAAUACGGCGCCCCAAGUGCGCGCGUAGCUCGGAAGCGAAUGAAACGCACAUGAUACGGUUGCAGCAGCGGCGCCGGUGUGCGCGACAGGCGAUGACAGCACGGGAGCACGGGCGAGCAACCGAUACGGCGUCCGAUAGAUAAAAGGAGCCCGGCGCACACAAAAGCCCGCGAACAACAGCGCCCGCCACUCCUCAGUCGCCGCCGGCUGUGUUUACUAGGAAGUGCGCUCAGCAGCAUUGUCGUAGUCGCGUCACGUUCAACAGCACGCUCUCGCGCCUCCCUUCUUUCCUUUCGUUCUUGUUUAUUUUUUUCGCCUUCCCUAACCCGCGCUGUCAUCGCCGACGAGAGCGCGUUUUAGUUGAGUGUUGGGCGCGAGAAACAAACCCGCUACGGGUGUGCGCGCUCAGAAGCCCGCACGUUGCCCGCCCGCGCUGAGCGCCGCUCUCAUUUUGGCCGCAAGGAUCUUCGCCCCUGGCUGCGCGCAUGGUCUGUGCAUCGAGGAAAUGAAGCAAGCAGCCCGGGUUCUAGCGCGGAGCGUCGCCUCGGAGACGACGUCUGUGUCGCUCGGCACGCGGCGGCAGCCGCCUGGCGCCGCGUCCAAGGAACGCCGGACAACGGUGCCUGCUUAUGCAAAACCUUUCGACCAGAUUCCUGGGCCCAAGCCGUCGGUGCCUUUCAUCGGAACUAGCUGGCAAUACACGAGAUGGGGUCGAUACAAUCUCUACCAGCUUCAUGAAGCCAGCACCGACAAGUACAAUCGGUAUGGUGACCUCAUGAAAGAAGAGUACCAGUGGCGACGACCAGUGGUCCAUUCCUUCAACCCGGAGGACUUCGAGGUCAUAUUUCGUAGUCAGGGGCGUUGCCCAGUCCGACCACCAAAUGAGUUUGUCUGCAAGUACCGCACUGAGCACCCUCUCAAGUACAACAGUGUGGGGCUUUCCAAUGCGCUUGGUGCAGAAUGGCACACACUGCGCAUGGCACUUGCACCAGUGUUGCUCGAGAUGAGGAACAUAGCCGAGCUAGCAACUUGGCAAGAGGAGAUCUGCGAUGACUUUGCCGAAUACGUGCGAUGGCUGCGAGACCCUGAAACUCUGGAAGUAAGCUGCAUUCAGGACAUCCUGUCUAGGCUUGCUUUGGAAUCAAUAUUUAGGCUAUGCCUGGAUACACGACUUGGCUGCCUACAGCCCUCGCAGCUUGAACAAGGUGAAGCAUCCACAGUGAUUGCCGUUGCUGGGCAACUGUUUUCUGCCUAUCAGGAGCUCUACUACGGACUUCCCCUUUGGAAGUACAUGCACACAUCCUCUUACCAGAAGUACACGGAGGCCGAGGAUGUCCUGUACAAAAUAACACUGGGCUACAUUCGACAGUAUGCCAAGAAGGUGUCAAAGGAUCACUCUUUGGGGAGCGACAAGAGCCUUCUCCAAGCACUUCUCAGUUUGAACGGGCUGUCGGAGAUGGAUAUCCACCUGACAAUAAUGGAUUUCAUUGCGGGUGGUGUUUUCACGACAAGUAUUGCCUUGUGCUUUCUCCUGCACCACUUGGCCUCCGAUCGGGAUGUGCAGGAAAAGCUCUACGCUGAGCUGAAGUCUGGUGACAAGGACAUCAGCAGCUGCUCCUACCUUCGUGCAUGCAUAAAGGAAAGCUUCCGGUUAAGCCCUACGGUACCUGGUGUAAUGAGAAUCCUGCCCGAGGAGGUGGUGCUCUCUGGAUACAGGGUGCCCGCUGGAGUGCCAGUGUUUGCAAAUUCGCUGGUGACCUGUCGCCUGGAGAAGUACUUUCCACAGCCAGAACAGUUCAGGCCUGAACGUUGGCUUGGCGAGGAACGGGGCCUCAUCCACCCAUUCAGCCUGCUGCCCUUUGGCCAUGGGGCCCGCAUGUGUGUUGGCCGGCGCUUUGCAGAGCUCGAGCUCAUGACUGCAGCUGCCAAGAUGGUGCAGAACUUCAUCAUUGAGCCCUGCACGCAACACAUCAACACUAGUUACGUGUUUGUGGUGGUGCCAAGCCACCCUGUGGGACUCCGGUUCCGCGAUCGUAACUGAUUGCCCACUUUCCCAAGGGCACCCACAUUCUCGGAAGUAUUCCCUGUGCCUGUAACAGAAUUUGAACUGGUUGCGCACGUCAUCUCUCCUCCCAGCUGGUUUGCUACAGGUCAUGUCCCUCAUUGAAAAAGGGUGGGAUAUUUUGAGGAGAUUCAUUCCCCACCAACAUUGCACUGCCAAGACACUAGGUGAAAUGAGAUCUCCAUGAGACUGCUGCAUUUACACUAAGCACUACUACCAUUUUAAUGCUCUGGUAUGGUGAAGUUUGAUGCAUGCUUUUACUAUGUAAUGACAGGAAUGUGCACCUUGAAAGUAUGCUCCUUUUGUGUACUUCAUUACUCCUGUCACAACCUCGCACAUAAUAUACUAGUCCAUUAGCAGUUGUAACAGUUUGGGCACUUCUAUUUUGUAGGUCACACCAAGUUCCUUUUACAGCAUCAUAACUGGGCAGCUAGCAGGGUAUCUUCUUGGCAAAGCUGAAGGUAGUGAUUAUGUGGAGUUCUCAGCUAACAAGAGCAAGCCUUACAGCCGUCAUGUGUUAGCUUUUAUGUUAUUACUGCACCAUAUUCAUUAUUAAAUUUCAUGCUUCAUCUUUUUAAGACUUUUUUAAAAAUAUAUAAAUGAAAGUUAUAAAUACAAACAGGAAUGUAGAAAGAUGUACAGUUCAUCUAAAUUUGUGUUAAAAAUUAUGGGGUUUUUACGUGCCAAAACCACGAUCUGAUUAUGAGGCACGCCGUAGUGGGGGACUCCAGAAAUUUAGACCACCUGGGGUUCUUUAACGUGCACCUAAAUCUAAGUACACGGGUGUUUUUCGCAUUUCGCCCCCAUCGAAAUGCGGCCGCCGUGGCCGGGUCUAAAUUUGUGUUAGGUACUAUGUUGUAUUUGUGCUCAGGUCAUCAUGUUCCACCUUGCACUGCAUUCUAGACGUGCAUAGCCCUGUACAGCCUAUGUGCAGGCCAUUGAUAUCUACAAAGUGCUGUUUGGGCAACUUUUCAACAGUUUGCUCCCUUCUCAUUUCAAAAUGUUUGAGCUUUUGCUGGCUUUCCUUUUGCAAGCAAUAGAGCCAGCUGAUAUUCAGUCAUUGCACUCUAAGAUAUGGAGAAUUCCCAAGUCAGUGUAAAAAGGAGUCAUACAGAUCUUCAGGAACAAAACUGACUGUUGUGAACACUGAUUUCUGUUGUGAACAUUCAUAGCUGGCCAUCUUUUGUGCACAUUGAAGACUUUCCAGUCAACAAAGAGAUGGCUUCAUAAGGCUCUGUCUACUUGGUGGUAUGUACGAAGCUUUAAAGGAACACUGCAACACUUCUUGAACACUGUAAAAAAAUGUUCGCAAUGUGUAGACAAUGCUGCCUCGAAGCCAAAUACAGUACAGACCACUUAUAACGUAACCGCUUAUAGUGCAGGACCGGAUAUAGUGCGGUCUUUUCAUACUCCCGUUAAUUUUCCCAUAGCACUCCAUGUAUACACGUAUUGCUUAUAGUGCAGUUGUGGAAAACGAAAUACCGGUUACAGUGCGGCUGCCUGGGAGCACGGAAGUCAGCGGAGACGGCGAACGCUCCCCUCAAACGGGCGCCCCAAGGAGUGCUCGAGGAAGAAAGAGAGACGAAGUGGAGGAGAAGGGCAUGUGGUGCAAACGAACAGCCAGUAAGGCUGAAAGCAGAAUCUUGAGUGCGAGUCGUGAAAUAUCACGGCGUGCAUAGCGAGCGAGGGCCACGAAACUGCCAACGCCAGCCAACGGUCGCUUCACGAUAACAGCAGUAAACGAAACUUCAGGGAGCGGGCGGCGCCGGCACGGCACGGCGAAGGGCGCACACAGAGACCAUGGAAUGUCAGGGAGGAGGGCGGCAGGGAAGUGGAUUUCGCCUCGAGCUAACCCUGCCACUUCGGUGGCUCCCCUCGCUCUCCCUCAUAACUCCCUCACUUUCGACUGUCACCGUGCGCGCCCGCCGCCAUGCAGGCGCUGCCGCUCCAGCUGGCCCGGUGCCAGCUCCCCGAAGUUUCGUUUUCUGCCGUUAUCAGGAAGCGGGCAUUUGCCGGCGUGGGCAGUUUCGUUGGCCGGCCUGGGACAGCGCCGCUGCUUCCCUCUGCACCGUAGCCGCAGUGUGCUAGGUCAACACAUGACUAGAAAGUAGAGGAAGCAUAAAGGAGAAAGAAGGGUUCA